AGGAAAUCAUUCCCACUCGUGGCUGUUCUUUGGUACGAACACGGAAAAUAGAACCAGCAUCUAACGGACAACGAGACCGGCAAGGAUGAAGAUUGCUUUGGUGUUUAUGGCCAUUUUGGCCAUUUGUGCAGGGCAUGCGAUUCGUUUGAAGGAUGACUUUGGCACCAAAAUUGAUAGCAAAGAUUUUCUGUUGAAACAGAAGUUCAUCUUUGAUGUACUGUAUCAUCUCCACAUGCCGCUCGGCGAGGAAUACGUGAAGGAUGUACACGGCUUUAUUGAGGGCAAGGAAUACUACAAUGACUACGACAAAGUCGUGAAAUUCUUCAUGAUGUACAAAUACGGAUUGCUUCCUCGCAACUUUGUCUUCAGCAUAUUCAAUUAUCGUCAUAUUACCGAAAUGAAGGGUCUCUUCUACCUGUUCUACUAUUCACGAGACUGGCCAACCUUCUAUCACAAUGUCCUAUACGCUCGUCAAUUUGUAAACGAAGGCAUGUUCGUCUAUGCUUUGUAUGCCGCUGUCAUCCAUCGUAAAGACUUGCAAGGAAUAAUCCUACCAGCGCACUACGAAGUCCUUCCAUACAUGUAUUUCAACGGUCUAACUAUCGACGAAAUCAUGAAGUACAAGACCCUUGGAUUCAGCAAAAUGGAGAAUGAUGUUGUGAUCCUUAGCAAAUACACCGAUGAUAUCAACAUAAUGAACGAGGAAUCGAAAUUGUCAUACUUCACUGAGGAUAUUGGCUGGAACAUGUAUUACUACUUCUUCAAUCUUGACUACCCAUACUGGUUAGGUGGCAAGGACUUCAACUUGUACAAGGACAAACGUGGGGAACAAUUCCUGUACAUGCACCAACAAUUGCUGGCUCGUUAUUAUUUGGAACGUCUUUCAAAUAAGAUGGGUGAUAUCCCUGAAUUCUCCUGGUACUCCAAAAUUAAGACAGGAUAUGAUCCACAUAUGAAGUACUACAAUGGAUUGCCUUUCACCGUCAGGAAGAACUAUUAUGAAACCUUCACCACCGGCGAUUACUACCCUCUUAAUCGUAUUGAGGACUUUGAACGCAGGAUUCGAGAUGCCAUUGAUUUGGGAUACAUCAUUGGCUUUGAUGGAGCCAAAAUAGACCUGUGGAGCAAGGAAGGAAUCGACCUGCUUGGAAAUUUGAUCCAGUCAAACCCAGACUCAUUGAAUGAGAAAUAUUUCGGAAAAUUGAUUGCCUUCGCUCAUAAAAUGUUAGGUGGCGGCAAAUUUUAUGAAUUAUUCGAAUACAAGGUUAUUCCUGGGGCCAUGGAACACUAUGAAACUAUGCUGAGGGAUCCAAUCUUCUACCAGCUCUACAAGAGGAUCCUUAAGUUCUGGUUCCAAUACAAGCUAAAACUUCCACCCUACAAAUACGAUGACCUACUGCUCCCUGGCGUAAAAAUCAACAAAGUCGAUAUCAGCAAGCUGGUUACAUACUUUGACGAAUUUGAUAUCGAUGUAUCAACUUUGAUGGAAGUCGACAAAAUUCCAAUGGACUAUUUCAAGAAGGGUUACAAGGAUGUGGACUAUAUGAGCAAAGAUUACAUAGAUAUGGAUUAUAAAUUCCCAUACGGAGGUAAAUUCUUUGACAAGGAUUACAUCCCGGAUAAAUAUAUGGAUACGGACAUGAAAUACGACUACAAAAUGAACUGGAAGUGGGGUGAUUCCUUCAACUACAAAUACAAAGUCCGCCAAUAUCGUCUCAACCACAAACCUUUCAAGAUGACCCUCGAUGUAGCAUCAGACAAACCACAAACUGUUGUCUUCCGUAUUUACAUGGGACCGAAAUUCGAUAGCAUGGGAAAACUGAUCAACAUCAACGACAACCGUGAAAACUUUGUAGAAAUCGAUAAAUUCAUCUACGAUCUCAAAUCAGGACUCAACACAGUUUAUCGUGAAUCUCGUGAGUUCUACUUCAGCGCUAAGGACCGUACCAUGUACUCAGAUCUCUACAAGAUGGUCAUGAUGGGCCUGAAGGGAAAGAGCUUCUCAUUCGAUAUUUUCGAGGCACACAAUGGAUUCCCUGAUCGUCUCCUCUUGCCUAAGGGAUGGGUUAGCGGCAUGCCAAUGCAAUUCUUCUUCAUCAUUACUCCAUUCAAGGAUGUGAAACAAUAUUCCAAAUUCUGGUUCUCAUCCUAUAUUGGAUCUGGCUCUCGAUUCUUUGAUGAUCUCCCACUUGGAUAUCCAUUUGAUCGGUUGAUUGAUGAAGGCUUCUUCUAUACUCCGAACAUGUACUUCAAGGACGUGUUCAUCUACCAUUUGGAUACUAUCCCCAAGUAUUCAGAUUUUGACAGUUACAAAGGAUUAAUGUACAAACUGUACCCCGGCAUGUACAACUACAAGGAUUUGAUGAUGAACAAAAUGGAUAGUGGAUCAUACUACAAAUAUCCGUGGAUGAUGGACAAAAUGGGAAUGUAUGACUACAAGGACAUGGAUUACGACUACAAGCUGAUGGGUAAAAAGGACUAUGGAAUGUACGAUUAUAAGGACUUGGGUUAUGAUUACAAACCAAUGGACUACGGAGUGAGCUCGUAUUAUAAAUAUCCUUUCGGACAGUAUAAAGACAUCGACUACGACUACGAUUACAAAUUAACAGAUAAAAAGGACUAUAUAUCGUACUAUAAAUACCCGUGGGUAAUGGAUAAAUUUGGAACCUACAAAGACAUGGACUACGACUACAAAACAUUCGAUAACAAGGACUAUGGAACAUAUUACAAAUAUCCAUACUCACCGGAUAAAUUUGGAUCGUACAAGGAUAUAGACUAUGACUACAAGCUGCUGGAUAAGAAGGACUACAUAUCAUAUUACGAUUAUCCAUAUUCACCGGAUAAAUAUGGAGUGUACAAGGAUAUGGACUACGACUACAAAACAUUCGACAAAAAGGACUACGGAUCAUAUUACAAAUACCCAUACUCGCUAGAUAAAUUCGGAGUGUACAAGGACAUGGACUACGACUACAAAACUUUCAACAAAAAGGACUACGGAUCAUAUUACAAAUACCCAUACUCGCUAGAUAAAUUCGGAGUGUACAAGGACAUGGAUUACGACUACAAAAUAUUCGACAAAAAGGACUACGGAUCAUAUUACAAAUAUCCAUACUCGCUAGAUAAAUUCGGAGUGUACAAGGACAUGGACUACGACUACAAAACUUUCGACAAAAAGGACUACGGAUCAUAUUACAAAUACCCAUACUCGCUAGAUAAAUUUGGAGGUUACAAGGACAUGGACUACGACUACAAACUGUUAGAUAAAAAGGACUAUAUAUCAUAUUACCAAUAUCCAUGGAUGACGGAUAAAAGCAGCAUGUACGAUUACAAGGACAUUGACUAUGAUUAUUACAAAACCUUUGACAAAUUCGGUAGUGGAAUGUACCACAAGUAUCCUUGGAUGAUGAAAACCAUGUACAAACCCGAUUCGUUUUAUACAUCCUACAAUUAUCCGGAAGUAAUGUUCGAGUCGAUUUAUAAAAAAUAGGACCAAAUAGGGAAGAUGUUCGUGUAUUUAAUAAGGCAAACGAUAUUGUAGCAAUUUCACCGAUUGGAGAGAAGACAAGCACGUUAAGUUUAAAGUAGGUAGUAUUUUAGUCGCAUAACAAGAAAAAAGGAAAAAAAAUAAUGAACAAACAUUAAAUGAAUUAAUAAAGCAGAUUGAUGAAAAUCAAA